UUUCCUCCAUAACAAACACACACACACACACACAUUCUCAGAGAUGAUAUAAUAUUUUAAUUACUAAUUGUUUAUUCUUUAAUGGUAUUACAAAUGUAUGAAACAUUACUGACCCGUUAUCAUUUUAUUACACACAUUGUUUUUGAUUAUAUUUGAUUUUGUUCAUAAUAAGACUCCACUUAGAUGUGUGUAUGAACUAAAUCAAAUAUAAUGUGCACAGAAUGAUAGUAGCUCACCAUUUAGGGCCACUCCUAUACCCCCGCAGCAGCAGCAGCAGCAGCAGCAGCCCUGGAGUCACAUUCAAAGCAGGGGCCCGCAUGUCAUCCCCUCUUUUCCCCCUUUCCUAAUCUUUAGACAAUAUCAGUAAAGGCAAAAAGCAAAGAACCCUACUAAAUAAUUAUAUGUUGGCUGAAAACUAAUUUGCCAUCCUCAACCCUUCAGAAGUGGGUGCUUGUAACUGUAGCGAUAUUCACAGUGGCUAGCCGUGACUUUUAUACCUAGGUCCUGACAGCUCACCACUGGAUAUUCAAGAUGCAGUACUAGGAUUAAGUACCUUUGGGCCAAUCCACUGUGAAAAUGCACAUGUGUGAUCAGUACGUAGCGUUUAUGUGACAACAUGAUGAGCCAAUGCAUUACUAGGACCAUACACACUUAUUUCACUGCUUUUCAGCCAAUUAAGUUCAAUCACUGCAAUGUUGUUGUAAAUUCCAAAAACGGUAAUGAGAUAUUGAUUAAUGAAUAAGGUAGAUUUGACCUUUACCCAAUCAUUUGUUUCAUUUUUCACUCUUCAUAUCAGAUAUGCUUCUUCAUUUCUGCCUGAAGUUGUGAGAGUGCAGUAUACGUGAUGGUGUUGUCAGCUGCAGUAUUUGAUGUGUUUCUUUCUCUUCAUGUUGCAGGUGGCAGGGAUGAGCCUUCCAGCUAUAUAUGUACCACAUGUAAGCAGCCCUUCCCCAGCGCCUGGUUCCUGCUGCAACAUGCCCAGAAUAGCCACGGCAUUCGGAUAUACCUGGAGUCCAACCCCUCAAACACUGCCCUCACCCCGCGCCUCGCUAUGCCUCCACCCAUGGGCAACGACUCCAUCCCGCAGUCCCCCCUCACCAACUUUCUCGGGGACAACAACCCGUUUCACCUAUUGAGGAUGGCGGGACCCCUGCUCCGGGAGCCUCCCCCAGGCUUUAUGGAGAACCGACUUCCCAACACGUCUCCAUUCAUCAGCCCGCCUCCCCGCCACCACCUGGACCCCCAUCGACUGGAACGCCUUAGCGCAGAGGAAAUGGGCCUCAUAUCACAGCACCCCAGUGCCUUUGAGAGGGUGAUGCGGCUAACGCCCAUGGCCAUGGAGUCCCAGUCCAUGGACUUCUCCAGGCGGUUACGUGAGUUGGCAGGGAACAACAACAACACCACUCCACCUUUGUCCCCCAGCAGGUCCAACCCUAUGCACCGACUGCUAAACCCCAAUCCCUUCCAGCCUGGGCCAAAAUCACCUUUUCUGAGCACCCCUCCCUUACCGCCGAUGCCCCUAAACAGCACCACCCCUCCCCAGACACAGAACAAAGUCAAGUCCUGUGAGUUCUGCGGUAAGACCUUCAAGUUCCAGAGCAACUUGGUGGUGCAUCGGCGCAGCCAUACUGGAGAAAAACCAUACAAGUGCCAGUUGUGUGACCACGCUUGCUCUCAGGCAAGCAAGCUGAAGCGCCACAUGAAGACCCACAUGCACAAGGCUGGAUCCCUGACAGGGCGCUCAGACGAUGGACUGUCCACCACAAGCUCCCCAGAGCCCGGCACCAGUGAUGUCACAGGUGAAGGCAUGAAGAAUCGUGAUGGGGACUUCCAGGGGGAAGGCAACGAGGAGGAAGAAGAGGAGGAAGAAGAAGAGGAACUUGAGAAUGAGAGUCGACCAGAGUCCAACUUCAGCAUGGAGUGUGAGUUCUUCAGGAACAGGGAGAAUGGCUCUAAACUGCCCUCAGAGGACAAGCCAUCACUCGCCCUUGAGAAAAUGGUGGAAGGUGGGGGUCUAAACUCUAUUCAGCAGUACAAUAAUUUAAUAGUUGACAAUCGAAAAAGGAUGCCCUUCACCAAGAGGGGUUCCGAUGGCCUGAGGGACACAGGGGAUGAGGACUCAGUGGCUGGGGAGAUAAACCACCACCACCAGCAGGAAGAGAGGACCACUAUUAAUGGCCGGAACUGUGGCUCCGUUGACUCUUUCUCAGGCCUGUUUCCACGUAAGCCCACCCCUAUCACCAGCCCCAGCCUGUCCAUCUCCUCAAAUAAGAGGAUCAAGAUUGAGAAGGACUUGGACAUUCCCCCAGCACCCCAUAUUCCCUCCGAGAACGUGUACUCCCAGUGGUUGGUGGGCUAUGCUGCCUCACGCCACUUCAUCAAAGACCCUUUCCUCGGCUUCACUGACUCCAGACAAUCGCCCUUCGCCACCUCCUCUGAGCACUCGUCCGAGAACGGCAGCUUGCGGUUUUCAACGCCUCCGGGUGACCUGCUGGAUGGAGGUCUUUCAGGACGCAGCGGCACCGCAAGUGGAGGCAGCACGCCUCACCUGGGUGGAGGUCCAGGCAGGCCUGGCUCCAAGGAUAGCAGGAGGUGCGACACCUGCGAAUACUGCGGCAAGGUGUUCAAGAACUGUAGCAACCUGACGGUGCACCGGCGCAGCCACACAGGUGAGAGGCCCUACAAGUGUGACCUGUGCAACUAUGCCUGUGCCCAGAGCUCCAAGCUCACACGCCACAUGAAGACACACGGCCAGCAUGGGAAGGAUGUCUUCCGCUGUGACAUUUGCCAAAUGCCCUUCAGCGUGUACAGCACCUUGGAAAAACAUAUGAAAAAGUGGCAUGGUGAACAUUUGAUGACAAAUGAAGUCAAAAUUGAAGAAGCCGAAAGAACAUAAAUUGGGGUCUCUCUUUCCAGACUUUGCGCCACACUUUGACUAAAAAAAACUUACAAAAUGGGGUAGCUGGAUACUCUUUUUCUGAAAUGUUCAUUUUGUGUAAAUGUUGUGUUUUUAAGAAACUGCCAAAUGAGAAAACAGAGAUCUUAACACCACUUAAGGCUGUCUAAACUGCCUCAUUUGGGGUUCCUUUUUAAACAAUCAGUCAGUUGAGUUAUAAUAUAUGUGGAGCCUUUAACUGUGCAAUCAUUUCUGUAUUUAUUCAAUUUUGUAUUUUGGCAUGUGCAGGUACAUUAUUAUUUAGGCUUUUUUUUUGUAUAUUUGUUUUACUUGAUUUAGCAUUUCUCUGUUUUUUGAAACCCCAUGUUAUCCUGAGAGUUUUUUCAGAAGACAAAGGUCAAUUUUGUUUUUUUUGGCCGCUGCUUGUAGUAAAUUGUAUAUUAAGCUAAACGUGUGAUUUCUUGAAGAGAGACUGAAUUCAAUCUUCAAUUUGAAAGUGGCGUUAACUGAGAAUGCUAGAAUUAGUCUAUUUUGUGUGAUGAUGAUACGCGGACAACAAUCCUUGUAGCAUGAACUGAGUCUAAAACAUGUCAAUAUAAUUGGAUAUGUAGCACUGAGCGUCAUAUUUGACAGUAAAUCUAAAAUCAAAGAGGAUCCCAAGGUUCCUGCUGAGAACAGAACUACCAGAGGAAACACAUCUGGAUAAGGCAGCUGCUGACUGGUACGUGGUCCCAAGCCUCGACAACGCUACGACAACCAUCUUCUGCUUUCCAGCCCCUCCAUCUUACUUACAUUCAAACAUCCAUUCAUUAUACUUUGCAUCAAGCCAUAUGAUCUAGGCCAUUAUUGAUAUGGACUAAACUGAGCAUGAAGCCUCAGACAACAGCACAGGGACAUCUCAGGGUGAGCUUUACUACUUUUGUGAUUAUUUUUCUGCAUUUCCAUUUCACCAUAUGUUGGAAUUAGCGACAGUACAACACCCCCCCCCCCCCCCCCGAGGCUAAUGCCCAGGCUUUGUCCUCAAUUUAAAGUGGUUAGACUCAUUUAUAUUUGAAGUCACAGCUUGUAAAUAUAAAAUGAAUUAGUUUAGAGAGAGAUACAUGUGUGUGAAUACAUGGCAGACUACUCUUAGUUUCCUGCAGAACAUUUAAUUUGAUUGAUUUUAUAACCCUAUGCAUUUUGUGCUCAAAUGUCUCAUGACAUUUUUUUGAAAAGUGGUAGAGUAAAUGUUAACUUGUAUCUUCAUAGUGAUCUAUAAAUGUAUAAUCUGAUUACUGAAGUCACCAUGUGGUUAAGGAAUCCACUAAGAAUAGGAAUCCUCAAAGGUUUCACCAUUAGUUGUAGGACAGUUUUGUGUAAAAGAGGAAAUGAUAUGUCAAUGUGAGCGGAAGUAGUAAGACUAACGGUAAGACAUCAGUUCGCUCCAUGCCCCUUUGUUUUUUUAAACAUCAUAACCCCAUCCACCUUCAUAGCUGCUGUCAAUUCAUAAAUCUAGAGUUCUUAGCAACAGAUCCGCACUUUAUAAUUUCCCCGUCCGACACAGAGAGAGCUGGACAGAAAGGUGCUGAAGGGUGGAGAGCUUUGGGGUCUGCUGAUGCUGAAGUGCCCAGGGUUGUUAGGCAAGGCUUUUCCAAUGCUGGCACUAUAAAAAAAAAAGGAAAUAUAAUUUAUUUGGGACAGUUUUUGUACUGCCAUUCAAUUUGACAUGAGUGUGCCUUGAAUAAUGAUCUUCCUAUUUAUUGUCUCAGACAAAUGCAACACUUUUUAUGAAGCAUCAAAUUGAACAACAAAAAAUGUGAACUUUAACUUGUAGUUUGACAUUUCCACGGAAAUAUAAAUUAAAUAAUGCUGAGUUCAGGCUAGGAGUACCCAGCACAAUAUCAGUGUGUGUGUGUGUGUGUGUGUGUAUAUGUAUGCAUAUGUACAUAUAAAGGCACAAACCUAUAUAUAGAUAUAUAUCAAAUUCCUCAAUAGUCGGUCCAACAACAAAAAGCCACACAAAAAGUCAAGGAAGAGACUCAACAAAAAUCAGGAAAUGCAGAAACUAAAAAAAACGAAUUUAGUGCACUCCGUCUUAAAAUAAGUUUACAGUAUUAAAACAAGUACAAGGGUAAAAUAAUAUUUGUGUGUAUGUGUGUUUUGAACAAACAAGUAUUUUUUUUUCAGUUUUGCUUAUGAAGUUUCUCUGAAUGCCGUAGUGGCGAUGUGUAUAUUGUUUUAUAUUUUUUCCGGGUUUUUUUUGGUGACGGGGUUUUAGUAUAUAUAUAUAUAUAUAUAUAUAUAAAAACAUAUGAAUAUAUAUUACAUUUUUCUUGUUUACUGUAAAAGUAUACCAGUAUUUGUAAUAUUGGAGAAUGCCUGGGCAUUUUACAAAAAUAGAAAAAAGGUUGUUUUUCUUUUUUUUUGCAGUCCAAUUUAAAUUGUGGGUCUCUUAAACUGUUUUUGUCACUGUAAUUGUAAAAGUCUUAAGUUUUAGUAACUUUUAUUCUGCCUUGGGUGUAAUGAAAUAAAAAUAAACAGAUUUAAAAAUGACUUGGAUUUGGUGGUGGGAUGGCUGUUGGGGUUUGGUGGGUGGACGGGUUUUCUACCUUAGAACUUCAGAACAUUUGUUCUGCUUUCCAGAAGAAACACACGGAGAAUACUGACUUGUAUCUAGUUCUCUUCUUCUUGAAUGGAGUAUUCUUCAUGGAUGGUUUGAAAUACAAUUGUAGGCACUUGCUGUCUUUCCUAAGGAGCUUCUUUUUUUUAACUUGAAGGCUAUGUGCAUCCUGUUGUGAACACAGUACCUUGUCAUGUCUGCUCUUAUAUCUGGUGCAGGGGAGCGUGACUUCCUGCCAAUGAAAAGAUAAAACUCACAGGCUGCCACCAGCUGUCUCUCUCUUUGGCAGUACAAGUAUCUGAUGAAUUUGUACUUGUAAUGAAUCGUACUGAAUCACAUUGUACAGUAAGCGAUCACAAGGCUGUUAGACAGCCUUAAAGUAACACGAACGCAGCCAAUGUUCAGUUUACCGCUCCAUUAUUUGUACAUAGUUUUCUAUGACGCUGUUUUACUUUUUAUUUGUUUGUGAUCUUUAACUGGCACUGGCGGUGACUUCCUGUUUCUGAAGGGGGGGUGGCGGGGUGUUAUUCUGUUUGAACUUUGUGACCUUCAUGUGUGUUUUCCGGCACAUGCCUCCCCCAUUGAUAUUCCUCGCAUUGAGAACAGAGCACAAAUACAAGCUGUUACAAUUAUU